UGUCAUAGUCAUAUUUAUUAUUUAUUUUAUAUUGAUAAUUAAUUGCUUUGCUGCUUUGCUCAUUGUUGUACUCAGAAUCUUGGAAUUUGGAUAUUGUAUGAGUAAGAGUUGUGUUGAUAUACCAUGUUGAUAUCCACAGCAACAAAAUAAUCCACAAUAUCCAAUUGAUUGUAAUAGGUACCGUUAGUAAUGGAAACAACAAAGGCAAAUGCAGCAUUUUUGUGCAACUAUGAAGUGAUGCAGAUAUUACAGAAGUUGAAAGAUAAUACACAGAAGAAGCAUAAAAGGGAAGGAUCAUUAGCUACUGUGACAUAUGAGACAGUUCACUACUUGCAAGACACAGAGUGCCAGAAUCAAAGUGCGGAAUCGAUCCAGAAGUUUCUGGAAGCCAUGAAAGGUUUCAAAUUGACUAAAUCUGAGAAGUUAAUGAUGGUUAACACACCCCCUAGAACUGAACUGGAGAUACAAUUGAUAGUGCAAGAAAGUGAAGAGAGGUUAUCAGAAGAAGAUGUCAGGAAAAUUAUAGCCCUGGCAAAUGAAUUCUUUCCAGCAAGUUCAUAGCAUGAAAUAUAAUAUUUUUUUAUUAUUGACUUUAUCAACCUUCUGUCAAACCGACGCGAAUCCCGUAC